CUGUCGCAACGGCGCCGUCAAGCAGAUUCGAACAAGCGCAUCGAGAGCUAGGCGAGGACAGCGGGAGCAAAGGGUAGAACCCUGAUUUCCAAGAGGGCGCGUCUGUCAUAACGUUAUGUCAUAACGUUAUGUCAUCCCGCAGCCCCCUUUGCCGCCAUCUUUGUUGGGGGCGGCCAAAGUACGAUCCAAGAAGGCCUUUCGCUGCUCCACAUUUUCAGCAUUUCUGGAGCCUUUGACAAGCUUUGCUGGAAAAAUAUGAGAAAGAUUCGGAGUCAAGAAGUAAAUCUCUUGUCAUAGACGACUUCCUCAAUCCUCCGUUGUCCCCGUUAGUGACAGACGAACAAGGAAAAGUGCGUCGCGCCGGUGACGUCACGGUCGGUGUUUCCGCCAUCUUAGUUGUGGACAGAGAAGAGGCAGCUUCUGAGGUGCGGAGGGGGUACGGCUGUUUAAAUGCUGAGGCCCUGUGGGUGUGGGCUCUUACUGGGCUUGACCGCAGCAGUGGCGGCGGUGAUGGCAGCAUGGCUGAUGAACUGGUGGAGUCCGCGCGCUAGAUUCCGCCUUUUCAUACCUGAGGAGCUGGCCCGCUACCGCGGCGGCCCAGAAGAUCCGGGCCUCUACUUGGCAUUGCUCGGCCGCGUCUACGACGUGUCCUCUGGCCGAAGGCACUACGAGCCUGGAGCUCACUAUAGCGGCUUCGCAGGCCGAGAUGCAUCCAGAGCAUUUGUGACUGGGGACUACUCUGAAGCAGGCCUUCUGGAUGACGUGUCUGACUUGUCAUUUUCUGAUAUGCUGACACUUAAAAACUGGCUUUCAUUCUAUGAGAAGAAUUAUGAAUUCAUUGGAAAGGUGAUAGGACGGUUUUACGGAGACGAUGGCCUCCCUACCCCAGAACUGGCCCAGGCAGAAGCCAUGAUUAUCAAAGGCUUGGAGGCAAAGAAACAGGAAAUGAAAGAGAAACAGAAGUUUCCUCCAUGCAAUGCUGAGUGGAGCUCAACCAGGGGCAGCCGGUUCUGGUGUUCCCAAAAGAGUGGAGGUGUGAGCCGAGACUGGAUUGGUGUACCCAGGAAGCUGUAUAAACCAGGUGCCAAGGAGCCCCAUUGUGUGUGUGUGAGAACAUCUGGCCCCCCUAGUGACCAGUCACCGGACAGUCCUACACACAGAAAUCGUGGGGACUUGGACCACCCCAACUUGGGGGAGUAUGCAGGUUGCCCACCCCUAGCCAUCACAUGCUCCUUCCCACCAUAAGCUGUUGCCCAUGUAUGUUAAAACACGCACAGUGAGCCCUGCCCAGAACCCUAAUAGGCCAUUGACCCCAUGUGUCCUAGGAUGGCUCCUGACUUGAAACAAGAGGGCCACACUGUGCCACUGUGGCUUAUGCCCCUUAACCAUGGGCUUACUAUUCUGGUGACUGAGACCAGAGCCUGGUGACUUGCCUAGUACUGGUGAGUCUGUUUUUGUCACUAUUCCUCUAGAUCCACUUGCCACCUUCCUUCAGAGCCUCAGAUAUUAAUGGGUACAAAUAUGACCCAUUGUAAGUAAUAACUGGACAAAUAAGAAAAGGGUUCUGGGCUCCAAUAGCUUCAUUUCCAUGGGCUCCCCGAUGACCUGGAUCAGCUGCCAGGAGUCCUGGGCUCUGCUUAUAACUCAGCUUCUCCCAAACCUGUCAGGGCAGAGCACUGGCAAAAACAGGCUAUAUAAUUCCCUAACAGCUCUGAGCAGAAUCAUGCAAACACAAUUCCAAAAAGCCAUAUAAAUUAAACAGUAUCAACAUA